AUUUUCAUUUUCAACGUUUGUGUGUGCGUGAUAGAUAGUCUUUCUAUGCUGUUGUGGAUGUGGAUUUCUUAAUAUUUUCUCACUGAAUAGGUGAAAAUAAUAUUUUAGUUUUAGGUAAGGUAACGACGUUCAUUUAUAAUAAUUAAGAAUGGCAGAUGAUGAGCAAGAUUCAAAGGAAUACCGGUGGGAAACAGGUUAUGAAAAGACUUGGGAGGCUAUCAAAGAGGAUGAAGAUGGGUUGGUGGCAGGCUUGGUCGCGGAGUUUGCACAGAAGGCGGCGCGGAAGGCGGUGGCGCCUCGCCGGGGACCCGUUCGCCUAGGAAUGAUGAGGCACCUACUGGUUGCCAUUGAUUGCUCAGAAGCCAUGAACUGUCAAGACUUGAAACCUAUCAGGUUUUUAUGUACUCUGAAGUUAUUAGAGAAGUUUGUUGAAGAGUUUUUUGACCAGAAUCCUCUCAGUCAGCUUGGACUUAUAAUAAUGAAGAAUAAGAGAGCAGAGAAAAUUACAGAACUCUCUGGAAAUACUAGGAAACACAUAAAGGCUGUGCAAGGUUUAGCAAACAUGGUUUUGACUGGGGAACCAUCUUUACAAAACACCCUGGAGCUAGCGGGGCGGGUGCUGCGGCCCCUUCCAGGGCAUGCCUCCAGGGAAGUCCUCAUACUGUUUGCUUCACUCACCACCUGUGACCCGGGAGACAUCAACACUACUAUUCAGACAUUGAAAACAGAAGGCGUAAGAUGUUCAGUGAUUGGACUCGCAGCGGAAGUGCGGAUAUGUAAAAAGUUAUGUCAAGACACAGGAGGUGAAUAUGGGGUGGUGCUAGAUGAUGUCCACUACCGCUCCUUGCUGCUGUCUCACACGAUGCCCCCGGCUCGCGCGCGUGCGCUGGACGCGGGGCUCGUCAAGAUGGGCUUCCCGCACACCGCGCCGCCCACCGGCGCCGCCGACCCCGAUCCGCCCAUCACUGUCUGCAUGUGUCAUUUAGAAGAGGGUGAAGGCGUGAGCGGCGAGGGUCACUUCUGUCCGCAGUGCCGCAGUAAGUACUGCUCGCUGCCGGCGCAGUGCCGUACCUGCGGGCUCACGCUCGCCUCCGCGCCUCAUUUAGCCAGAUCCUAUCACCACCUGUUUCCAGUGGAGCCGUAUGAAGAGCUAACGAACGAGGGGCAAGCUCAGUAUUGUUUUGGUUGCUUGCGCUCCUUCACAGAUGUAGAUAAACAGAUAUACCGCUGCGGGCGUUGCAAGGAGUUCUACUGCUGGGAAUGCGAGAGCGUAGUAUCGGGCACGCUACACGUGUGCCCGGGGUGCUCUGCGCGCCCGCACCUCUACCAGCGGCUGCCCGACUGCUCGUGACCGGAGCCGUCGGCCCCGCCCGCGGCCCCGCCCUCCGCUGACGUCAUCGAUCUCACUGACAUAGAACCCGUCGCUUCAACCUCCAGGUACAUUGAGCCUGUUGCUUCUACGUCGAGGUACAUGCCGCCGAUGUGAAAGUGGAAUGGAGAAUCAAGUGUUUGGUAAAGGCUAGCUAAGGGCAAAAGUAAAUUUAAUGUGCAAUGUGUCGGAUUGUCCUGAUGGAUUGAAUAAAAAAAGCAUUUACUCAUAAGCCGAUAAUGCUACCAGAUCGGGCUGUGAGAGGGAAUAGCGGAAGCUGGUGAUGUUUGGUCAACAUUUUCAUGAUAUGUCAAUGUUGUGUGAUGAUUGAUGAUAGAUGGAAGAUGGUAUAACAAGUCAUGCUCAGCAUUUGUCAAAUACACUGGUGAAUAAAAAAAUCGACUCGGGUUUAGUUACCGGGCAUUUAGAAAAAUAUUCUACGCAGAUGGUUAUUUGCCAUAUUAUUGGUUGUUUUUAUUUUAUGACUAGAUAAAUGCCCCAAAAACCAGGUAUAUUCUUUGCCAAAAAAAAAUUUUUUUUUGGGUAAUUUUUCUAGUCAUAAAAUAUACCUAAUAAACGUAUUUAUAUGAAAUAUACCUAUUUUUUGUAGACAUUUAUAAAAACCCGGCAACAGAACUUGGAGUGGAUAUUUUUAACUACCAGUAGUGGCCUGACCUGACCUUCUUACCAGAAGAGAUGGAAUUUUCUUUGUAUCGCUUCAAAUGAGUUUAAAGGCACAAAACGUGUUUAUAAUCUUUAUAGAUGAAAUCUUUACUAUAUUGCAUAAUGUAAUAUUAAUGUUAUGGUCUUAUGGAACUCGUUAAUUAGAUUCAGAGCGUGUUUAUCCAUGAGCCAAGUCUGAGAAUCGUACGGCCUUUUUCAUAAUGAAAAGACUGACAUGUCCUUUUAAAGAAUAUAUCCAUGAGUUGUCAUAUUUCCUCAUAGUAGCUGAGUUAAAACGAAUUAAUGCUAUGUGUUAAGCAUCGUGUUACCAUAACAUGGUUUUAAAUAAUAAAUCUGUGGCUGGUCCACUAAGUGUAACUAUGGAAAUAUAAUUAUGUAACAUUUUUAUAA